AUGGAUUCAGGUGCGUGGGAAAUCAUACAUAUACCUGAUAAGCCUGCAUUCCCACCUGAGCAUCAGCCCACUUUGAAGGUGUAUGCGAGUGUAAUCAAACCCAAAUGUGCCAAUACCAUUGUCAGGCAGUUAUGUAAGAUUGCUCCUCUAGAAGAUCUUCGCCAUGUUAAAAGGGUAUGCAAAUAUGCUGCAGUAUCGAAAGAGGAGUGGGAAGAACAAUGUAAGAUAUGGCCAACCUCAUUUCAUCCUCCAACCUACAAUAUAGAUGGCAUUGGUGGUUUCAGUGAGGAGGACACACAAUCAAUCUGCAAGUUUAUGAGAGUUGCCAUUAAUUUGGCAGUAUCUAGUCAUAAGCCACUUGUAAAUGCUGCAGUGAUUGUUGAUCCCUCGGUUAGGCGGAUAAUAGCUAGCGAAACUGAUCAAGUAUAUUCAUCAUGUGGUCCUUGCGACAUGACUACCACUGAGAUCAUUUCCUUCAAUGGAACAGGGGAAUCUAAUCACUGUCAGAGUAUCGAGAAAGAGGCUAACGCUAGUUCGGAGAUAUGCAUAAACGACAUACUUGAGAAAUUGAAUGGUUCAUCGUCUGCUGUUGCUUGUCUGAAUCCCUGGCAAUGGAGUUUGCAGCCAGAUGAUGCUGAUAAAUGGCACCCUCUAAGGCAUGCUUCCAUAGUUGCCAUUGAAUCUUCUGCUGCAAGAGAUAGAUAUCUGUUUCCCCAUUCCUCCGAGAGUUUUGGUAUGGAUCAUUCCCAACCCUCAAGUGCUGAUUCUCCCGCUAAAAAGCAGAAAACAAGCAGUAACAGUCCAGACGUCCAAAAUGACAGCAGAGAAACAGCUCUUAGAGGUCAUUCAAUUGAAAAGCCUUACCUCUGCACUGGCCAUGACAUUUUCUUACUUUGGGAGCCUUGUACUAUGUGUGCUAUGGCGCUUGUGCAUCAGAGAAUAAAACGAAUAUUCUACGCUUUUCCAAACCCCAGGGCAGGCGGUCUCGGGAGUGUUCAUAGACUUCAAGGAGAAAAGAGUCUAAAUCACCAUUAUGCAGUGUUCAGAGUUUUGCUGCCUGGUGAUGCCCAUAAUGCACUUAGGAUCAAGGCCUAA